AUGAAGAGUAUCUCGAUUGACCCGCAGAGGAAUGCCCCUCCAACUCGGGACCUUCCGCUGUCCACUUCUAUCCCGGUACAAUUACCUGGAGCCAAAGUGGUAAAGCAGCAUCCCACUUCGCCAGGCAACGAAAAUGGAGCCGUUUUCUUUGUGGGAACGGCCACUACAAUCAUCGAGUGGGCUGGAAUACGGAUUAUGACUGAUCCCAACUUCCUUCACGCGGGCGACCAUGUUCAUCUUGGCCCAGGCGUAUCAAGCAAGCGCCUGACCGAACCGGCUGUCGACCUGCACGAACUACCUCGAAUUGAUCUGGUUCUUCUCUCGCAUUAUCAUGAAGACCAUUUUGAUAGAAAGGUGGAGGCUUCAUUGAGACGUGAUCUCCCAAUCAUAACCACACCUCAUGCAAAGGAGCACCUUACUUCUAAGAAUGAGGAUUCCUUCACAUCUGUGCAUGCACUCGAUCCAUUCGAGCAGAUGAAUGUCAACAUUAAAGGCACAACAGGACCAACAGAGCCCCGGUUGCGGGUGACGGGAAUGCCCGGACAGCAUAUACCUCCUAAUUCAGUGGUACAGAAGCUCAAUGCACUAGUCAGCGCAAUUCCGCCAACCAACGGCUGGAUGCUCGAGUUAGGCAGCGGCACCCAUAACACUGCUGAAUUCUCGUGUGGGUACCGGAUCUACAUCUCAGGUGACACCCUCAUGGUAGAUGAGCUGCACGAAAUUCCCAAACGAUAUGCAGGCCAACAAAUUGAUCUGAUGCUCGCCCAUCUCGGCGGCACGACCAUUCCAUCUCCGCUGGUGGGAAGAAUAAUGGAACCGCUAGCGUUGAUGGUCACUAUGGAUGCGGAGCAGGGCCUUCAAUUGAUUCAACUGAUCCAGCCAGACAUUACAAUCCCAAUCCACUAUGAUGAUUACGACGUGUUUGCGAGUCCGCUGGAAGACUUCAAGCGGGUGGUUGAGGCGGCGGGGCUAUCGGACAAGGUUGUGAUUUUGGAUCGCAGUGACCAAUAUCGCUUUCGUGUUAAGGGAUAG